CAUUUCUUAAAUUCCUUUCUCAAAGCAAAACAGGUCACUUUCCCUCUGGAAAUUCUGUCUCUUGGUCUUAAUCCCAAAUACAGUCAAAAUCUUGUUUCUUCUUUUAGGUUCACCUGUAUUUGCCACAAUGCCACAGUUGUUGAACAGCAUACUCAGUAUUAUCAAAGUGUUCCAGAACUACGCCAAGGAGAAUGGAGACUGUACUUCGCUGUGCAAGAAGGAGUUGAAACAGCUGCUGUUGACCGAGUUUAGAGACAUCCUCCGGAGGCCAAAUGACCCAGAGACUGUGGAAAACAUUCUGAACCACUUAGACAGAGACAGAAAUGGAUGUGUUGACUUCCGUGAAUACCUUUUGUUGGUGUUCCAAUUAGUCCAAGCCUGCCACCAUAAGCUAGAUACUAAGGCAAGUGGAGAGAGAACCUCACAGCAAGAAAGGGGACAUGAAGUAACCCAAGACCGUAAGUUUCCAGGAGGCACCGGCAGGCAACACCAGCAGACUCAUACGAGUGAAAGACAGAACUCCCAUGACGGGCAGCCUGGGAAACAAAGUUGUGAUGUUCAACAUGAUCAGUCUGAGAAACAAGAUAGAGACUUCCACUAUAGUCAGCCCAAGGGACCAGAUCAGGAUUCCCACCGUGGUCAGUUUGAGAGACAAGAUAGUGACUUUUUCUAUGACCAGUUUGAGAGACAGGAUAACAAUUCUCACCAUGGUCAGUCUGAGAAACAAGAUAAAGACUUCCACUCUGGCCACUCUGAGACUCACGGCAGAGAUUCCCAGCAUGGUCAGUCUGAGAAACAAGAUAGGGAUUCUCACCAUGGUCAGUCUGAGAGACAAGACAAAAAUUAUAAAAAUCAAGACUUUAGCUCAGGUCACAAACUGAGUCAUAAGUCUAGCAGUGGCCAGCAAAAACAGCAAGGACAUAUCUUUGUCUUAAACCAGUUUGAGAAACCAGCUCAGAUGUCUCAUUAUGCUCAUUCUGCAAACUUUGGACAACAAUCGAGCUAUGGACAGUCUGGAAGACUCACACAAAACCCUUGCUCUUAUCAGACCACCCAACAGGAAUCAGGCUUUUAUUAUGGACAGUCCAGGAGGCUGAACCAGGAGUCAGGCUGUGGUCAGACAGACAGCCAAGGACAGGGAUCCCACCAUGGUCAGACAGUCAUGCAAAGCCAGCGAUGUCACUAUAGUCAGACAGGUGGUCAAGGACAGGUUUCCCACUAUCGUCAGACAGACAGAAAAGGUCAAGUUUCCCACUAUGGUCAGACAGAUGGACAAGGACAGGUUUCCCACUAUGGUCAGACAGACAGAAAAGGACAGGUUUCCCACCAUGGUCAGACAGACACACAAAGCCACAGCUAUCACUAUAGUCAGACAGGCAGUCAAGGACAAGUUUCCCGUUAUGGUCAGACAGACAGACAAAACCAGAGUUCCCACUGUGGCCAAACUGACAGACAAGGACAGGUUUCCCACUAUGGUCAAACAGAUGGACAAGGACAGGUGUCCCACUAUGGUCAGACAGACAGACAAGGACAGGUUUCCCACUAUGGUCAAAUAGACAGACAAGGACUUGGUUCCCACCAUGGUCAGACAGAUAGACGAGGACAGAGUUCUCAUUACGGUCAGACAGAUGGACAAGAACAGGUUUCCCACUAUGGUCAGACUGACAAACAAGGACAGAGUUCCCACUAUGGUCAGACAGACAGACAAGGGCAGAGUUCCCACUAUGGUCAGACAGAUGGACAAGCACAGCUUUCCCACUAUCAUCACACAGACAGAAAAAGCCAGAGUUCCCACUAUGGUCAGACAAACAGACAAAGACAGGGUUCCCACCAUGGGCAGACAGACAUACGAGGGCAGAAUUGUCACUAUAGUCAGACAGACAGACAGGGACAGAGUUCUUACUGUGGUCAGUCACAGACUGGAAAAGCUGAGAUACAAGGACAAAAUAGAUACUUCCAAGACAACAGGGGAACAAAAAGAGACUCAUAUGUUGAGCAAUCAGGAAAGUCAAGGAGACUGAGUCAACGGACUCCAGAACAAGGAGUAAAGCAAAACCAGACACAGGAAUUCCAGUCUAGGGAGGAACAGCAGAGCAGCUACUAUGCAUGGAAGCCAGAGGAGCACAGUCAAUACCACCAACACAAACUCUUAGCACAAAUCCAACAAGAAAGGCCACUGUAUCACAAAGGAAGUGACAAGCAAUCAGACAGUAGUGAGCAGAGCCACAGACAGGUCCAAACCAGGCAGAGUCAGGACAAGGGGCAAAGCCACCAGGCAGAAGAAGAACAGGGUCAUCAAAGCUGGGGUAGACAUAGCCAUGAUGGUCAGGAAAGUGCAUGGGAAGCACAGGAUAGGCAAACCUAUGAAGAGGAACAAAGCUGUCAAACAAAGGAGAGACAAACCUAUGAAGAUGAGCAAAACCACCAGAAACAAGACAAGCAGAACUGGAAAGAUCAACAUUAUCAUCGACAAAAGGAUAGACAAAUCUCUGAAGAUGAGCAGAACCACCAGAGAAAAGACAGGCAAGCCCACAUGGAGGUUUCUAAUCAUCAGCAUCAACAAACCCACGAGGAGACAGAGAGAAACACGGGGUCCCAGGAUCAAAGAAAACAACAGGGUGGAGGUCUUCCUACCAAGGCAGCUAACAUUCAUCCCAAUCCCUUCUACGGCUAUGUACAGGAGCAGAAAUCACAUUGGUACUAGGCUGUGUGAGAUCCCAAGCUAAGCAACACAAAGACUAGGAAGAAACCCAUAUAUCAAGUUCAUAUCAUGUUUGAAAUGUUGCAAAUGUUUCUCUUCCUUCUACCAUCUAUCUACCUUCAAGAAUGCUCUUGAGGACAAGUAUUCUCUUGUAGAGCAAUUCAGUCCUUUGAGCAGCAAUAUGGGACUUUCU